AUCUACACUGAUCAUCAGGGCACUGAUGAUCAGUGUGCCCUGAUGAUCAGUGUAGCCCCAUCAGUGCCACUUGUUAGUGUCCAUCAAUGCCACCUGUCAUCAAUGCCACCUGCCCAUCAGUGCCGCCUAUCAGUGCGCAUCAGUGCUGCCUAUCAGUGCUGCCUGUCAGUGCCGCCUAACAGUGCCAGUCAGUGCCACCUAACAGUGCCAUAUAUGAGUGUUGCCUUUCAGUGCCCAUCAGUGAUACCUGUCAAUGCCCAUCAGUGCCACCUACCAGUGCCUCCUCAUCAGUGCCCAUCAGUGCCGCCUAUCAGUGCCCACCAGUGCCGCCUAUCAGUGCCCAUCACUGCAGCCUCAUUAGCGCAAAUCAGU